AUGGCUGUGGACCCGCUUGUCCCUGUUGCUGAGCACGACUCAGGUGUUCGUCACCGAGCCGUCACAAUUCAGACCAACAAUGACGAUGGAAAUGCUGACAAUGUCAAAGUCCAAGCGCCAUACCGCAUUGUCGAGGUCGAGAAGAAACAGCCUUAUCGAACCUCCCUCUUCUCUCUCGCUCUUACCGGGAUCAAUGUCAUCAGCAUCUGCGCGUACCUAGGCGUACUCUUCCUCAACGUGCUCCAGACUUGGUGGCGAGGUCAUGGGCUUCCAAAGGCUCCUUAUCUCUUCGCCCUUGGGCAGCUCUAUGAUAACAUGUCAUCCAUCUUAGACGGGUCCUGGCGUAUCGUCGUCGGUCUUGUGCGUGAUUCCAAACCACGACCAACACUUCGCAUCCUUGGUACCAAUGUUCCAGGAAUUGAUGUCUUUGUUACUUGUUGCGGUGAGCCGGACGAUGUCGUCUUAGAUACCGUCAAAGCCGUCUGCAAGCUUGAUUGGCCUGAGGACAAAUUCAGAGUGGUCGUGGCCGAUGACGGGAACAUGGAAAGCCUUCGCCUCCAAAUCGAAAAACUGCAGGAAAGAUAUCCCAACCUCUAUUACCAUGCUCGCAAGAAGCCCACCGGCAAGAACCAUGGAUACAAGGCUGGCAAUCUCAACCAGACCAUGCGCGAGUUCGUCAUUGACCUUCCCGGAGGGCAAAAUGAUUUUCUGGCGGUAUUCGAUGCCGACAUGAUGCCUGAACCUCAGUUCCUUCGUGCCCUUGUCCCCCACGCCCUUGGAGAUAUAAAGAUCGGGAUGGUCACUGCCGCUCAGCACCACUAUAACAUUCCCAAUGAUGACCCUUUGAACCAGGGCAAUUCGACUGGGACCGCCGCUGAUGAUGGACUCCGAGACUCAGUCAACGUCGCCUGGUGCCCGGGCAGUGGCUUUAUCAUGCGCAAGGAGGCUUGGACGGAAAUUGGUGGCUUCCCAGAGUUCUCCAUCACCGAAGAUCUCAUCACUAGCUGGUUCCUUCAUGGCAAAGGCUGGAAGAUCGUCUUGAUCCAUGAGGUUUUGCAGUGGGGAUUGCAGCCAGAUUGCAUCCUCACUCAUCUGAAGCAACGCCGACGCUGGUGGACUGGACAUAUCCGUGACGCUCUCAGCAUGAACUUCACCUUGUAUGACACCCGGCUUAAGGAAGCGUCGCGCCUUCAACGCCUCGCAAUGCUCCACCAUAGCUGCCGACCUUAUUUGAUGACGCUGACCAAGCUUGCCAACUCUGUCAUCGCUUUCGUCUGCCUUUAUCACGGUCGUCCUGUCAUUGCCACCCCAUCUCGGAAUGCGUUGUAUUGGGCGGUGAUGCUCUUCGGGAUCACUCGCAUGCUGGAACUGAUUGGAGAUAUCAAGUCCGUCUUUGGUAGAUACUACCUUAGCGUCCGUCGCCGCGUUGCAACUGGAGUCUGGAUGGGUCACCACUUCUCUCGCGAUGUUCUUCAAACCUUGCUUCCAAAGCGUCUGGGUGGUCUUCGUCUUGGGUUCGGAGUGAGCGGCGUUGGAGGUGGUUCCGUCAAAGAACGAGAUGUCAACAACCGCCCACCUCUUUUUCAGAGACUCUGGGAUCUCCAUCGCCGUGAAGGUAUCUUGUGGCACGUUGUACUCUUCUUUGUCAUGUCUAUUGUGGUCAUCUUCAGAGUCCAUGCCGAGCUCAAGGCGGCGAUCGUCGACGGCGAGUUCAUCAGUGACAAGGCCUUUUGGCUUCGUUUCAUCGCUUCGGUCGGCUUUCCUGGACUUGCUCUCCUUGAGACCAUCCCUCUGUACCUGACACCUGUUGUUUAUGCCAUCUGGCCACCAACCAUGCCGGAGCGUCGUGACAGCAUGGUGUAUGACGACAAGAUUGGCCUGUGGAAGCCAAUGCAGGGGUUCAAGGGCAUCAAAUACACCGCAGCUAGUUAG